AUGUUUCCUCAAUAUACUCAACGAAAUAUGGCGGGUGAAAUUGCCAUAUGGCUUCUAAUCACUGUCGGCGCUCUUCUCAUUCCCAUUAUUGUAGUCGCCAUUUGUUGUAUUCGUCAUCACUGCUGGAAAACAAUUCCUGCUCGUCACCCACAAUCUUCUCUUGAAAAAAUUACUAACCAUGAUGAACUACUAACAACCAAUUCGACUUCAUGGAUACAACGCGUGUGGGAUCUUUCGUAUAAUGGUCCGUAUGUGGAGUCGGGUAAUGAUGAGCGAUUUAUAUUGUCCCAUAAUAAAACUCCUCAAACAUUGUCACAUACUAAUUCAAUUAAUAAAAAACAACAUGUUCAUUGGCCUCAUGAAUCAACAUCACCAAAAGGUGAUGAUUUACGUUCAAUUAAAGAUCGACAAUUUACACCACGAAAACAACCAUUUUCUGGAGGAGAUAAUUUUAAUACUACGAUGCUUAGUGAAUCUCCAUCAAGUCACCGUCGUCUCGCUGUUAUACCCACUCCAUCUUCGGCUCUUUCUCAUCUCAUUCAAACAGCUAUUAUUCCAGCUGGUUCCACCAUUACUAAUGCUAGUACAAGCCUACUGCUAACACCAUCUAAACAACUGACACCUAAUUUAGCUGGUUAUAAUAGCAUUGUGUAA